CAUUAUUUGAAGAAUUAAAAAUGAUUUCAAGAAAGAACAAAGCUUUCUACAUCUUCUUCUUAAACAAAGUCCACGGUACUCCAUUACCAAAAACUACUAUUGCCGAAACUCUCACUGAGGCCAUCAACCCAUUCACUGGUGAUCCAACCGCCAAAUUCAUUAACUAUUCAUCAGUUUUCGUUGUUGGUUACGGUAUUAAAAGUUUAUUCUUUGGUCACCACCCACAUCAAGAAAAAGAUUACCCAUACAUGAAAUCAAAGAGAAGAACUCUUGCCUUUAUGUUUGCCUAAACAUUUAGAUAUAUUAUUUUAUUAGGUUAUAUUUAUAAUAUCAUCAAAAACAAACAAAACAAAACAAAACAAUUUCAUAUAAUAAAAAUAAAAAUAAAAAAAAAGAUGAUUCAUGUGU